AUGUUUCCGCGCCUCCAGCCAUGCAGACGCAAAAGCGUCUUCUCGACUCUCCUUCUCUUCUUUCUUUUAGCCCUCCUCAUCGACCUUACCUCCGCGUCACCAUCCUCGGUCACAGAACAAGCCCUCGACAAACAAACAAGAGACACAACAGUCCUACAGGACUACACAUACCUCGCCAUCGCGGCCGAUACAUCCUGCGACGCGUCCGCAGGCCAGUACAACUGUCUGUCGGAUUCAUUUCAGUACUGCCUCAACGGAACAUGGAGUACCGUUACCGCAUGCACCGAGAAUAGCGAAAAGUCUGCCGAGUCGUCGUCUCUCUGCUCGCCUGUUGGAAGGACGGAUACCAUUGACUUCAACGGGGAGUGUGAAAUCAGUGCUGCUUGGGGAUGGGGGAACGGUGGGGGUGGUUGGGGUGGAGGCAGGGGGUAUUACGGUGCUGGAGAGAGAGUUGAGGUGUCUAGAUGGGUUUGGUCUUUUGUUGGUAUGGUUUUCGUCUUGGGCGCGUGGUGAAGCUUAAGUUGAUGGGCCUCCUAUCGCUUAUGUCCUGGGCAAGUGAAUGAGAAAACGAAGGGUGGGAUGGAUGGGGAAUUGGAACACAUUCGGACUUUUCAUCCGGGAAGGGGAUUGUACAUCAUCCGGUUGGAUGAUACAUUUUCUUUGCACAGACGAGGUUUUCUCAUUGGAUUCAUCCAGUAAGGCGUCUUCUUUUGUAAUAAUAUCAAAUCGUCUGUUAGCCUGACAGAAAUAUAUGGCUUCGUUGAUGAAUGGUUGAAAU